ACGCCGCCGGCGGCCAAGUCGCUCGCCGUCUUCAGUCAGCUGCUUUUUUUUGACCAGGUAAGACCGACUGGUUACCUGCGCGCCGAGUUCUCCAGUUCUCAAGUUCAGGAGCGCGUCGUUAAACGUUAUGUGUUUGCUCGCCGUGAAAGUUAAAUUAAAAUAAAUCUGAUUAUCGCCAGGCGAAAAACAAAAAAAAGCAAGAACGCGGCGCGUGCUUAGCAAAGUGCAAGAGUGUAUUGGUGCUUAGAGAAGGCGAUAGUGUUGGUGCCGCUCGGCUGGCAUGUGUGUGUGUGAGCAGUGAAUUCCAAGAAUACAAGAAGAGCGACAAAAACAGAGUUUGCGAAAAUGUCAAACAGGCGAAAAGUGCGAACAAUUGAUUACCUGGCGCUGCAGCAGAGCUUGCGCUUGCAAAAGACACCGGCAACAACAAGUUCAGUGGACAUGGAGGCUGGGCAGGGGGCGGGGGAGGAGAUGAAUGGCAAUGGGAUUUGCACAGCUCCAGCUGAAGCUCCGCCCCCGACACCCCCCAUUCCGCCCAUAAGAUUGCGACGCGAGCAGAGCAUCGACGAGGAUGUUGCAAGAGUGGAGUACCGUGUAAAGCCUUCGCGGGCACAGCCGGUGGCUGGAGUUCGGAUAGGAGCUCUCGAGGAGGACAUGCCACCGGAUGAUGAGUUGGCCGCCCAUUAUGAGGCGUUCGGCACCACACCACCCCGCACCAGACUCAAAAUCAAAAACCGCGAUUGGGAACGCAAACAGAAGGUGGUCAAUGUGACGGCUUCCGCAGAUUUACCCGCCAGUGUGGGCGGCACCCCCAAAAAGGGUAUGACCAGGAUGGCUCGAUCGCGUGUCCUGCGACGCAACACCAUGGACUGCGCCCUGCUGAACGAGAUGUUCGUCAACGAGGAGAACAAGCGGACAGACAAGCGGCUGCAGUCGCUGCUCCGCGAUUCGGAGCGUGAGAUGAAGAACUCGCUGGCCACGACGGCGGUGGCUCCUCCCCGUGGCAAUAGCUUCCACGAGGCUGCCCAUCCACUGGAGUCCCUGGACCAGAUCAUGCCACUAAGCUCAGAGGCGAUGGCUCCGCUUCCAAUGCGGAUUGCGUCCAAGGUGGUGGAGAGCUGCAAUCGCUACCGUUGCGUUUCCUCACGUCCAAUUGGCUACCGCUCCUCGGCGCCGCCGUUGGCUUUUGCCGCACAACUUCCGGCCGGGAUGCUGAGGAGCGAUGGAAGGGCCACGCCUGGAUUGGGAAAACGUAAGGACUUCCACGAGACGUUCGCCAACCUGAUUAAGCUGGGCAGCGUGGACCGGCAGGAUGCCAAGCUGUCGCAGGAGGAGCACACCUGGCAGACGGAGCUGAAGGAUCUCAUUUGGCUGGAGCUGCAGGCCUGGCAAGCCGAUAGAACGGUGGAGCAGCAGGACAAGUACCUCUUCGAAGCGCGACAGGGCGUUUCCGAACUGCUAACCCACAUCAUCAACUACAAGUUCCAGCCGCGUUACCGCCGUGAGCCGAGUUUGAUCAGCCUGGACAGCGGUAUUCAUUCCGACAGCAACUCCAAUGCUAGUUCACCGCUGCCUAGCAAGAUGUGCCAAGGCUGCAUGUCCUUGUACUGCAAGGAUUGCAUGGACCAUCAGGAGUUGGCCCUGCGAGAAGUUGAGGGCAUGCUAACGCGACUGGAGGCCGCUGAGGCCCUGUACCCCUCUUCACAGGCCAUGGGCGCCCUGCAUCCCAUUUACAAGUCACAGAGCUUUGUGGGCCGCAUCAAGUCCAUGUGCUUAUGGUAUAACAUUACCAAGCAAAACAAGUUGAAGCUCAGUAUUCUGGGAAAAAUAUUGGCCAGGCUGCAGGAUGAAAAGUUCUCUUGGCCCGUCUGCACUUCAUCCUACAUCGCCACCGACAGCGGAAGUUCAUCUGCCUCGGGAGUGGAGAACGAUGACUCCGCUGUAAAUUCGAUGGACUCAUCCAAGCCGCCUAGUGUGGCAGGAUCGGCUUCGCGCAAGUGUCGCAACGGAAGUGUCACGCCCUGCCACAAGGUGCAGUUCAUGUUGAAUGAUACAACCCAUGUGCCCGGCGAGACAUCGAGCAGCAAUGAAUCAGCCUCCACGGAGAUAAGCCAGUUGUCCAGCGAGUGCUCACACGGUCACAUGCGCAAGGGAUCCAUGCACGACAUUAACAUUUUUAGUGUGGAGCCAUUGGGUACUUGCAGCAAUAAUGGCACAGGAGAGCAAUCCACGGGGCUGUAUCGCAAGUUCAUCGAGAACGUGCUUAAAAGUCGGGGAUUGGCCAAGUCCCUGGCCUUUCUCCACAAGCUGCACAACGUGGCCCUGUACAAGGCACACAUUGCUCUGGAGAAACCUGGAGUCGGGGACCUUGAUUACGAUUUAGACGCAGAGUCCAUUGAGGAGGAUGUGCCCAGGUUAGAUCCACAAAUCAGCCGAGAACAGGUCGUGGAGCUGCGCACCUACGGCUACUGGAGCGAGGAGGCACAAUCGAUUAAUCUGCCCUCGUACAUUCCCACCUUUGUAUUCCUGAGCGGAAUUCCGUUGCAGUUCAUGCACGAGUUCCUGCGCAUGCGUCUCGAAACGCGACCAGUGCGACCCAAUCCCCUGAGUCUGGAGCAGCUGAUGAAGGAACUAAGGGAGGGUUUGACCCUGGCCCUGACCCAUCGGGAGCGAUACCAGCGACACAUUACCACCGCGCUGGUGGAGAACGAGACGGAAAUGGGCAGCUACAUUAGCAUUCUGAACCACUACGAUGCUACGGUGCGAAAGACUUUCGAGCUGUACCUGGAGUACAUCGAUCAACUGGUGCUCGUUGCCGUUCCGGAGGGAAACCAGAAGUCUGUGCUGGAGAAGGAGUGGAUGUUCACCAAGCUCAUCAGUCCCAUGAUCAAGGGCAUGCACACUUUGGCCUCGCAGAAAUUCUGUGGCAUCAUCAGCAAACUGUUGCGAAACAUUUCGGAACGCCUGGUGAAACGCACCGUGGAGCUGGACCAACAGAUCGAGGGUACUUCCGAGAACGAAGACAACGAGGAGGUCAAGUGGAAGCUGCUGACCAUCUGCCGGGAGACGCAAUCGCUGCUCACCGUAGAGCGGGAGCGCUCAAUAAAGGUGCUCUUCUUCGCCAAGACCUUUUGUCGCGACGUGGAGACGACGGACUUCCAUCGCGAGCAUUACGAGCAUGACGUGGCCAAUCAGCAGCACGACUUCAUAUGCUCGGACGUGAAGGCGGCGUUUAAGCUGCUGCAGCAGGACGUUCUGCAAGUGCGCAACAAGCUGACGGCGAUUAUCGAGGGUGUGCAAAAACGAUGCUGCUUGAGCAACAUGCGGGACUUAGACGAGCAGGACAAGCAGGCUGUACUAUCGCGCACCCGUGAAAUUCUCCAUCAAGGCUACAAGUUUGGGUUCGAGUACCACAAGGAUGUAAUUAGGUUGUUCGAGCAAAAGAUAAUGGACCAAAAGGACAGCGGUGCCCAUACGGUGGAUCUGGCAUUGGGCAUCAUCGCUUACGCUAAGAUGUGGAUGCAUUUCGUAAUGGAGCGCUGCGAACGUGGGCGAGGAAUGCGCCCCCGCUGGGCGUCCCAGGGUCUGGAGUUCCUAAUUCUUGCCUGUGAUCCGCAAAUCACCCAGCACUUGGACGAUGACGAGUUCGAGGCGCUCAAGCAGCAGAUGGAUCGGUGUAUUUCGCACGUAAUUGGCAUCACCUCGGAGCCCGAAAAGGUGGCCAAGAAGAAGGCAUCGCCGCGCACUCGCAAGACCUCGUCGCCGGCCACCUCGCGCUCCCGGACACCCACUAGAACUCCCAUGUCCGCUGGCAUGGUGCUCAAUCCGAAUACGCCGCCACUGCAGUCGCCGCCGUAUAACAAACUUCUGCAUCCGCAGUUCAGUUUAAAGGAGGAUCUGUUGCAGCAGUCUGGAAACACGUAUAGUUCCGUGGACAGUGCAGACUAUGUUGACACUCCGUGCCAAAGGAGUCCCAAUGGCGAGUUGCGCCUGCUGGUACCCCAGACGCCUCCAACGCCUGCCUCCUCUGGAAAGGGCAGCAUAGAGACUACACCGCUGGCAUUGCGCCAGGAAAGAGUUAGAGAUGCCGUAAACCGUUUGGAUAUGGAUCUAGAGGACGGGCUGCGUGAACGCAGGCUGAUAGGCCAGGUGAAGUCCCUAAAUUCCAGCGACAAAGUGCAUAUAAGAGCUCGUAGCGUCCACUUCCGCUGGCAUCGCGGUAUAAAGAUCGGCCAGGGACGCUUCGGCAAGGUGUACACCGCGGUGAACAAUAACACGGGAGAGCUGAUGGCCAUGAAGGAGAUCGCUAUCCAGCCGGGCGAGACGAGGGCGCUGAAGAACGUGGCCGAGGAGCUGAAAAUCCUGGAGGGAAUCAAACACAACAACCUGGUGCGCUACUACGGCAUCGAGGUGCACCGCGAAGAGCUGCUCAUCUUCAUGGAACUGUGCUCUGAGGGUACCCUGGAGUCGCUGGUGGAGCUGACUGGUAAUCUGCCGGAGGCUCUUGCACGCCGCUUCACCGCCCAGCUGCUGGCCGGCGUGUCUGAGCUCCACAAGCACGGCAUCGUGCACCGCGACAUCAAGACUGCAAACAUCUUCCUCGUCGACGGCAGCAAUAGCCUGAAAUUGGGCGACUUCGGAUCAGCGGUCAAGAUCCAGGCGCACACCACUGUACCCGGCGAGCUGCAGGGCUACGUGGGCACGCAGGCUUACAUGGCACCGGAGGUGUUUACGAAGACUAACAGCGAUGGCCAUGGCAGGGCCGCCGAUAUCUGGUCGGUGGGCUGUGUGGUUGUCGAGAUGGCCUCGGGCAAGCGACCUUGGGCCCAGUUUGACUCCAACUUUCAGAUCAUGUUCAAAGUGGGCAUGGGGGAGAAGCCGCAGGCACCGGAAAGCCUCUCCCAGGAGGGACACGACUUCAUCGACCACUGUCUGCAGCACGAUCCCAAGAGGCGCUUGACGGCAGUGGAACUGUUGGAGCACAAUUUUGCAAGUACGGUCGAGACGAGUGCAGCAGCGAGCAGUUGCAGAUGCAGGUGCGAGGCUCUUUCCGGCGGAAUGUGGCGCCCAGCAGCUAAUCGCAAUCUGGUGCUCACUUACUUAAACCGCCGUUUGUUUGGCUCACCUCUACUUAUGAUGCAUACGUAAAAGGGUGUGCAUUUUUGUUUAGUGUCUAAUUUAUGUGAAUGUCGAUUAUUUUAAUGGCCACGCCUAGUUUUAUGUUGAACAAUUUUUAACCCAUAUAAAGUUAUCAAAAGCCUGUCGUACCGUAUCCCCAGUUAUUUAAUGCAAGUGAAGAUUACACAUAUUAAAA